AACGUACAUUUAGCAUUACUCUGAGACCUCCGGACGCUUCUCUGGCGUACAUAUAUAUACCCCCACAGAAAAGCAUUUUAGGAUCGAAACAGAGCUUGGCACUUGAUUCCCCUCAGAGACUGCAGCGACAGUAGGGACUUCACAACAGUUUUGCACGUGUGGACGACCUUACGAGCCCCUGCACCUAUGGGUAUCAUCGGCAUCCGCACGGCCAUCCUGUUCCUCGCUGCGCUCGCGUGGUGUAGUGUGCUCGCCGCGGCCGCCGCCGGCGAGGUGGACGGCGUGUUCAACGUCAAGGACUACGGUGCUCGAGGCGACGGGGUCACCGACGACACCAAGGUCAUGGGCACGAUUACGGCGCCGCCGGCGGGCGCAUGGAGCGGGAAGAACUAUUGGCUGAUGUUCUACAAGGUCCACGGGCUCACGGUUACCGGCGGCAGCACCGGCUUGCUCGACGGCAGAGGCUGGACGUGGUGGCGCAACAAAUGCAAAGGCUAUGCUGACUGUGUAACCAAGGCGCCGACGGCGUUGGUGGUCAUGAGCUGCGCCGACGUGGAGCUGCGCCAAUUCAGAAGCAAGGACAGCCCGCAGAUGCACAUCGCCGUCAGCCAGAGCAGCAAGGUCCACCUGACGCAGCUGACCAUCACCGCGCCCGGGGAUAGCCCCAACACCGACGGCGUGCACAUCUCCCAAAGUGAAAACGUCCACGUCAGCAGAUCGACCAUCGGCACCGGCGACGACUGCGUCUCCAUCAGCUCCAGGAGCCGAUUCGUCACCGUCGACGGAAUCGUGUGCGGCCCCGGCCAUGGCGUAAGUGUGGGGAGCCUGGGCAGGAAUGGAGCGACCGCAUCCGUGGAGUACAUCGACGUGAAAAACGUCCACUUCAUCAACACUACAAAUGGGGCAAGGAUCAAGACGUGGCAGGGUGGGAAAGGUUACGCGAAAUCCAUCUCCUUCACCGACAUAAAGUUCACCAACGUGGACCAUCCUGUGGUCAUCAACCAAUUCUACGUAGACCACCACCAUGUCCCAAAUAUGGGGGCGGUGGCGUUGAGCAACAUAACGUACAAGAACCUGAGGGGGACAUCGAAGCACAAGACGGCCGUGGACUUCAACUGCGGCGAGAGCGGCAGCUGCACGAAUAUCCACGUCAACUCUGUGGCGAUCACCGCUGCGGACGGCGGAAGAACCGUGUCCCGCUGCCAGAACGCGCAAGGGGACACCUCCGGAUACGUCUACCCAAGAUCCCUUGCCUUAAAUAAUAAUAGCUAGCAGGUAGAAGGCGAUCUAAGUCCGCGCGUGUUUAUGUGUGUGUAUUUUUUGUUUUAUUUUUAAAGUAAGAGAAGGGGUGGCAGUGGUAUUGGGGUUGAACAGUUGCGAAUGAAUCUUUUUGACAGUCUUCAUAAAUUUUCAUUGCACACUGGUAGACUAUGAAAUUAGAAUCCGGAAUCAGUAGUUUAUUACUUCCUCUGUCCUAUAAUAUAAAAGCGUUUUUUA